AUAUGAUCUAGGGACUGUUUACUUACGGCAUUGGUAUUCCAAGUCAAGACACAUAAACAAAGCAAGGGAAAAAAUCUGUGGAAAGCAAUGUCCUGUUCCAAGUGUUGGUUUCUUGUCGGAAAGAGAGAAUAACGUUCACUACAAGACUAGUUUAUCUAAUCUAUCCAUAAAUAUAUUCAUUUUGUCCAAAGAAGAGCAGAAGGCUUCAAGCGUAUCACCAAACACAAGCAAAAACCUUCUUCCUCACCUUUUCGUAUCUAGUAUGACUGAAAGCAAUAGCAAUGCAAGUGUGAGCUCGACAUCAAGUUUGAAUAGCAGCGUUCCAGACACAGAGGAUGACCAAACCAUUGCAAGUAUCUUAGCAGAAGAGGAAAACUCUCAUGUUGCGGGAAGGCUUGGGAAGAGACUCUCACAUUUGGACUCCAUACCACACACUCCUCGGGUGAAUGGUGAGAUACCUGAUGUGAAUGAUGCAACGUUAGACCAUGGGCGGCUGUCUGAAAGGUUGGCAACAUAUGGUUUAGAAGAACUGCGAAUUGAGGGCGAUGGGAAUUGCCAGUUUCGAGCAUUAGCAGACCAAUUGUUCUGUAGUCCAGAUUACCACAAGCAUGUAAGGAAGCAAAUAGUCAAGCAGCUAAAGCGUUUCAGAAAAUUAUAUGAAGGAUACGUCCCUAUGAAGUACAGAAGCUAUGUGAAGAAGAUGAAAAAGUCAGGGGAGUGGGGGGAUCAUGUAACUCUACAGGCAGCUGCAGAUAGAUUUGGAGCCAAAGUUAAUUUGGUAACAUCUUUCCGGGACUCAUGCUAUAUCGAGAUCAUUCCCAAAGACAGGAAUCCCACCAGAGGUGUAGAUAAGGCAAUGGAGGUGAAUUUGCAAACUUUACGUACAGUUUUUGAACUUCUACGAAUGCAAGACAAUGAGAUUGUUGACGA